AAAUUUGACAGAAAAUUUGUUAUCGACAUCAGUUUCAUUUGAGCACUUGCAAUAUCAUUCAAGUAAAUAUAUUCUUUGCAAAGCUAACGCGAAUUACGAAAUCGAUCAACAAUGAAAACCAUACUGAUUACCUUCGCUAUUAUCGCUGUUGCUACAGCAGCUCCCAUUGAAGAAGAAACAAUGACAAUGGGAGAUGUGAUACAAAUUGUAAGAUCUUCACAAGUAUUCGAGGCUGAUGGAUCAUACAAAUUCAGUUUCGAAACAGCUGAUGGUUCCAUUCGCGAAGAGACUGGAACAAUUGUCAAUCCUGGCAAAGAAGAUGCAUAUGUAGCCAGAGCUGGAUUAUACAGAUUUACGAAUCCCAGCGGUGAGGUUGUAGAAGUUCGUUAUACUGCUGAUACAAAAGGCUACGUUCCUCGUGGAACACAUAUUCCAACAGUGCCAGAUGUUGUUGUUCCAACAGUUCCAGAGGUUGUUGUUCCAACAGUUUCAGAGGUUGUUGUUCCAACAGUUUCAGAGGUUGUUGCUCCAACAGUGCCAGAGGUUGUUGUUCCAACAGUUACAGAGGUUGUUCCUCCAACAGUACCAGAUAUGGUUUUAAGAGUUCCAGCAAUGUAAAAAAAAAUCAUAUCGGAAUGACUUACACACCAAUUGUAUUUUGAAUAAAUAAGCAAACAACAA